AUGUCAACCCCAUAUAAAGUGAGCGCCAGUAGCUCAUCACUACGGGUCAGCGGAGGGCUCCGGUAUUAUUUGCAACAGUAUUGGCAGGACUUUGGCGAUCAGCGCACCAUUGGGUUGCCGCUCAUACGGGAGGGCCCCUGGGCUAUGAUUUUCGUCAUGUCUCUCUACCUGCUAUUUGUGCGAAAGUUGGGCCCCAGGAUGAUGAAGCACCGGGAGCCCUAUCAGCUGCGACUGCCCAUGUUCAUCUACAACUCGCUAAUGGUGGUCAUAAACUACUACUUCUUCUUCCAGUCCCUCCAGUGGCUGGACUACGGGCGCCAACUCUCAAACUUCAAGUGGCCGGACGGUGCGGACACGUCGGAGCGCACAAUGGGCUACAUCUGGUCCUUCUACUUGUAUUGGUUGACCAAAUUCAUCGACUUAUUAGACACCGUGUUCUUCGUGUUGCGCAAGAAAUACUCGCAGAUCACGACAUUACACCUCUACCACCACACGGUGGUGCCCAUACUCGGAUGGAUGUACCUGUGGCACCGGUGGGGCUCACCGGCCAUCACCCUGUUUGCCUUGCUCAAUUCGGUCGUUCACGUGAUUAUGUACUCAUACUAUGCUUUGGCGGCUUUCGGGCCCAAAAUCCAUCCCUACUUGUGGUGGAAGCGAUACAUCACUCAAAUCCAGUUAAUACAGUUCGCUUUGUUGUGUUUAUACGGCUUCUUCAUCUAUGCCUACCAACAAAACUACCCGCCCUUUGCCUUCUGGUUGGCCUCA